AUGCCUCGUGUUAAAAGAGCAGCCACGGGCGAUUCCGGAGCCCCUAAAAGGCACAAGGGCCAGUCUGCAGAAGAAUUUUUCAAAACUGUCUUGGAAGAAUUGGAUACCUUGCAAGAUGACGAAGGUGAACGUGCCUUGGUUACUGCUUUUGUCAAGCUUCCUUCCAAGAAGUUGUAUCCUGACUACUACACACUCAUUGAGGAACCAAUUUCUUUGAACGAAAUAAAUAAGAAAGUUGCACGUGGGAGCUAUGAAAGUGCGCUGGACUUUGUGCUGGACUUCAACCUCAUGUAUGAGAAUGCGCAGAAGUAUAACGACCCAGAAUCAUGGAUUGUUGUGGAUGCUAAGAAACUUUUAGAAUAUGUUACUACGCGUGCUGACGAUUUUGCCGAGUCUCUGUCGUCGAUCACUGUGAGUGACUUGCCAAAGCUUGCAGACGAUAUCUUGGAGGAAGUGAUUGCACAUGAGUUCCCAGAAGAUGGAGUGCUUAGUGGACCGUUUAUGGAAGUCGUGGAUCCUGAGGAAUACCCAGAUUAUUAUAAGCUUAUUGAAGAACCUACGUCUUUCCUGGAUGUGAAGAAGGAGCUCAAGAGUGGGUUGUUUUCUGAAGACAAAUCUCUUGAAGACAACUUACAGGCCUUUUAUGAUGCUACUGUUCUCAUUUUCACCAACGCACAGACUUACAAUGACCCAUCGUCCUUGAUCUAUGAAGAUGCUAGAAAGUUGCGUGAAUUGUUUGAAGAGAAGUUUGAUUCAUUAAAGAAGGAGGCUGUUCCUCAGUCUAAGCUUAAGUUGAAGGUAAAGGCUCCAAAGGAACCUCCAAAGCUCAAGUUGAACUUGAAGUCUGAAACGCCGCAGCCACAAAAGAAGAAGAGAGGAAGAAAGUCAAAGAAGGUGCUCCAGGAGGAAGAGGAAGCAAGAAAAGCUGCCGAGGUCGAGAGUGGUGAAGUUAAGCAAGAAGAUCUGGAUACUGAGGACGGUGAAGAUGAAGAUGAUGAUGCUAAGCGCAAGCUCGAUGCCACCGAGUCUAAUGUCAUGGGUAAGACACCAGUUACCCCUCCAAGCGAGGAAGUGUUCAUCAGAGGAGUCACAUUUUCGUCGUCUCACUCUGCCACUCAACAGAUUGCCAACUCUCUUGCUCAACAGGGUCCAGCACUCAUCACAUCAGCACAGAACUACAAAAGGGACAUGUUUCCAAGUGUGCCAGUCUUGAAUGCAGCAACGUUGUUCCAGUACAAGUUUGGUCCUGUUGGCUAUUCUACAAAGGCAUACUCCAUCAAUCUACCCGCAGAAGCUUCACCUUUCAUUUCAUUCAAGGUGAGUUUGCAUGAAAUCAUUUACAACUUGAAAAAGAGGGACCUUGUCGGCGGACAAGGCAUUCUUAAGGGCAGUGCCGAGGAGGAUUUCCUGGUUGCUCUUUUCAUAAACGACGAGAAAAUCUCCGGUUGCGAAAUCUACGAAGAUGAUGAUCCAGAAAAUGAAUCAAAGUCGCUCUUGGGUCUUCAGUACGAGUUAAAGUUGAGCUACGGACUCAAUAUAAUCAACUUCGAAUUGCGCCUUUCACCAAACUUGGCCAAGAGUCUCCGCAAAGACGAACCGGAGCCAGAAAACGACCUAGGGUCACGUCACACUAGACACCAGCUACAACAGAUAAAGCUCAAUUGGGAAGUGGAGAAGUUCCAGCUCAUGGCCGUCUGCCACAACCCAUAA